AUGGCACAAUCCCAUCCACAGGCCCAAGCCCAGGCCCAACCUCAACUUCAACAACGAUCGAAAAAUCCCUUGGACGUCCUCCAGGGCAUGAUCAACGGCAUAGUGCGCUCCGCAACACCUCCUCACCCUACCAUGAUACAACUUAUAGAAACCGGACGAGCUCUGCGUGCUUCCGAUCAGAACGGUUCAAGAUCUCUCGUUGGCGCGACAUCGAGACUGCCAACGACAAUACCCAGUGCAGCCGAGACCUUCCACCAAGCCCUUGAUGACCUCGAGUGUGAGAUAUUCCGUGCGAAAUCAGUUAUUGCCCGAGACCUUGAAGGCCUACGAGCAAAGCGAUAUGCGUUAGAGAAUCCUGCGCCGCCGGUGAUUGAGGAGGCACCAAUGUAUAGCGCAAUACUAGAGGAGCAACCUUUAGAUGUUCAGGUCGAGGUGCAGCCGCAACCAGAAUUAAAUCCCACCAUCAAGCAAGAGAAAAUCAAUAGCCCUGAGAAAGCAGCGAAUGGACUGAACAAACCGCAACAGUCCAGACAAGAUCCGUCGAAAGAUACCAUUAUAACAGCUCCAGAACCUGCGAAGGGAAUACAAGUCCCAUCACCCCCAGCAUCCUCCAAUGAAACAAGUACAACCACGAAACCAAUUGGUCUAGGCAUAAACACCAAUCCAGAACCUACCACAACAUCUGCUCCAGGCACUGCCGGGACCGCAGGCCCUGAAGACUCUGCCAUCGACUCCCUCUUUGAUAUCCCGGACGAUGCCAACGGCGAUUUAAAUUUCGACAACAUGGACUUUUCCUACAACUCGAAUACCAACCCAGACGAGUCGCAAACCCAGAACAACGAAUUUGAUCUUUCAACAUUUGGGAACGAUUCUCAAGAUUUUACAAUGUCGAAUAUUCCUCCUUCGAAUGAUGCGAAUACUGGAACCAAUACAAACAACACGUCUCAGAACAAGCCGGUAGAUGAUUUAUUUGCUGGGAUGGAUACUACGGCAGGCGGUGAUAAUAUGGACUUGGAUCUUGACUUUGGGACACUUGGAGCGGGAGAAAGUGUCUUUGAUGAUAUGUUAUAUGCGACAGAUGGUGAUGCAGGGGGUGAUAUGCAACACGGCGAAUUUGAUAGUGUGUUCUUCGGUUUGGAUAAUUAA